CGCUCAGUGCGGCCUGAACCGUUAGCCGGCCUACAUCGUAAGUGUCCAAGUGUGGCUGUGUUCUUAUUAUACACUAUUUUAUCAUUUUAUUUUAUUACACAGACCAUUUAUUUAUAUCGAGUAAUAUCUUGUUUAAUGUCAUUGCAUUUACUUAAAAAAAAUUUUUUUUCAUAAUUUUCAUUUUUUCGUAUCACUAAAUAUUAAUAUUAUUAUUAUAAUAAUAAUAGUAAAUUAUUUAUCGUUAUAACUAUAAAAUUAUAUUAAUAAUAAUCAAGAAAUUCCGUCCGUCGAAAUUGGUUUUUUGUUGUCAGUAACUACUGGAUUUACUAACAAGUAGAAAAACAAACAAUGAUUGAGAAUCCGGUAAUGUAGCUGAUGGGACGUAUAAUUGGAUGAUAAAUCCCUUUUUCCCGCAACAGACAGCAAUUGUUAUUGCCAGAGUGAUUUGGUCAUUGACAAUUCAAAGCCAUCAUCACCAUCCCCAUAUCAACGGAUUGGGACGUCUGGGCGUCCUCAUCGACGUGAGGCGUCAAGGGGAGCUGAGGAGAGGAGUGGCGCGAGGACGAUGGCAAUGACGAGAGGUCGAAGCGCCCUCCUUAAUAUAGAAAUACUGGUUGUAUUAACGAUUAUUGUUGCUUCGACGCUUGACUUGGGCGCGAGGGCAUCACCCUCACACAGAAGUCGCCAUCAUGCAGACUUUUCGCAUGAGGAACUUGGUCAGCAGCAACACGAAUAUGACCAACAGCAAUACGAUCAACAGCAGCAUCAUCAUCAUCAACAACAACAACAACAACAACAACAGCAGCAAACAAAAAGUAGUCUCAAGAUGACUACUCACCAGCUCGAGGAUCUCGGGGCAGCCAGGGCAGAGGCGUUUACCAGUCCCGGCGAUGACUCACUUAUUAUACAAACGAGAAAAGGCCGGGUCAGAGGUAUCACUCAGACUGCUGCUAGUGGCAAAAAGGUUGAUGCCUGGUAUGGCAUUCCUUACGCUCAAAAGCCCCUUGGGACGCUGAGGUUUCGGCACCCAAGGCCGCCCGAGCAAUGGGAUGGCAUACUAAACGCCACACAGCUGCCCAAUAGCUGCGUCCAGAUCCUCGACACUGUUUUUGGAGACUUUGUUGGUGCUACAAUGUGGAAUCCAAACACCCAGCUAAAUGAGGACUGCCUCUACGUAAACGUUGUGGUACCACAUCCCAGGCCAACGAAUGCCGCCGUCAUGGUAUGGAUAUUUGGUGGUGGCUUUUACUCCGGUUCCGCCACAUUAGACGUCUACGAUCCCAAGACACUUGUUUCCGAGGAAAACGUCAUUUUGAUCUCCAUGCAGUAUCGAGUUGCCAGCUUGGGAUUUUUGUAUUUUGGCACCGCUGAUGUACCAGGUAACGCUGGGCUCUUUGAUCAGAUGAUGGCGCUCCAGUGGGUCAGGGACAACAUCGCAGCAUUUGGUGGUAAUCCAGAUAAUGUUACGCUCUUUGGCGAGAGCGCAGGCGCUGUAUCUGUUUCAAUGCACUUACUUUCACCACUUUCCAGGCACCUCUUCAAUCAAGCAAUUAUGCAGUCAGGUUCACCAACAGCUCCCUGGGCAAUAAUAUCCCGUGAGGAGUCUAUUGUACGAGGGCUACGAUUAGCUGAAGCAGUAGGGUGUCCUCAUGAUCGUUAUAAUUUACGUGCUGUAAUUGACUGUCUUGUAACGAUUGAUCCUCUGGAUCUGGUAAAUAACGAAUGGGGUACACUUGGUAUCUGUGAAUUUCCAUUUGUACCAGUAAUUGACGGUGCAUUUCUUGACGAAACACCACAGCAGUCACUUGCCACAGCAUCAUUCAAAAAAGCAAAUAUUCUUAUGGGGUCAAAUACAGAGGAAGGAUUUUAUUUUAUAAUUUACUAUUUAACGGAAUUAUUCCGUAUUGAUGGUACUGAAGAUGUUAAAGUAUCACGGGAAGAAUUUAUUAGAGCUGUAACGGAACUAAACCCUUAUGUUAAUCAAAUAGCCAGACAUGCAAUCAUAUAUGAAUAUACCGAUUGGUUAAAUCCAGAUGACCCAAAUGCGAAUCGUAAUGCCAUUGACAAGAUCGUUGGAGACUAUCAAUUUACAUGCAAUGUUAAUGAAUUUGCAGCACGAUACGCUGAAACCGGUAAUUCCGUUUAUAUGUAUUACUAUAAACACAGAUCGGUUAAUAAUCCUUGGCCAAGAUGGACAGGUGUAAUGCAUGCCGAUGAAAUAAGUUAUAUUUUUGGUGAACCUUUGGAUCCUAACAAAGGAUAUACUAAUCAAGAAAUUACCCUUUCAAAAAGAAUGAUGCGUUAUUGGGCUAAUUUCGCUAAAACUGGAGAUCCAAAUAUGGGAGAUGAUGGCUCGUGGACGGAAGCAUUCUGGCCACAGCAUACGGCAAAAAAUCAAGAGUAUCUAACUCUCGAUACAAAUACGACAGAUGUUGGUCAGGGUAUUAGAACACGACAGUGUGCAUUUUGGAAAAAAUAUUUACCACAGCUUAUUUCCGCCACUUCUAAACUGGAGAUGUCAUCGAAAGAGACGUGCAGCGGUAGUACGUCGGGCACGGACACUGUUUUAACGCUAUGUCUGGCAAUGACGAGUCUCUUAGUAUUCUCCGGACUGCCCAUCACCAGCAUACCUGCUCGAGGCUACGUCUAGUCACUUAUAAAAAAAUUUAAUUAUAUAUUAACUCUAAGAUAUCCCUAGAUAUCAUAUUUUCUAAUAGUUAUUGAUACUCUGACUUUUUUUUUAUUUUUUU